AUGGCCGCCGACGGCCUCCUCCGCCCCGUCUACGAGGCUUGCAUCGCCGGCUGCGACUCCGAAAUCCACCGUCGUCCAUACCACCGCAACUGCGGCUGCGCUCUCCACAAAUCCCGCCGUCAACCUCCUCACUGCUCCCAUUCCAAGUCCAAAUCCAUCUCCUAUCCCAUUCGUCGAUCCUGGAGCGAAGGCUGCUUGACGCUCGUCCUUGCCUCUGCUUCCUCUUCCCCUUCCUCCUCCCCUGUCGUCGGUAAGACUUCUCAACCUGGUGCCGCUUUGAGCGACGAUGAUGAUGACGAUACUCCUAUUCUCUUUGCCAGGAAUUGA